GAAUGGUAGGUGAUUAAAAAUCUGCCAUGUCACAACAUCUGCCCGUUAAAGGAUCGAGCAUCACUGCAAUAUUAUGUCAUCAUAAGGCAGUAUUCAUGCAGGCAGUAGCUAAAAAUGCAUGUAUAAGUGUAACCUUUAUUGUUAACGCUCAGACUACGAUUGUUUAUUGAUAUGAUAUAAUGUUGUGAUGUUUUUAAAUCGGAAGUAACGUGUAUAUUGGAUCAAGACAGAUGCUGUACGCUGUAGUCCGGGUACCGGGGGCUAGUCACUUCCUUGUCCUGCGGAGAGGAUAAAGCAGUGACGUCGGCGGACUGGUCGGUGGCUACAGCGCCGCAGAGGGAAACCUGUCCGCCCGACCCGAAGAGAACGAAGAGACCACGUCGCGCCAGAUAUGUAAUAGUGGGCGGCUCGCGCACAGAAUCGUAAAAUGUUUAGCCGUGAAGCUCGAGGGUAGGUAGGCUGGCUGGCGGUUUGACGCCGCGCUCUACCGGGAGAUCACGCGGAUUUGACCGACUCGUUACCGGCUGACUCUCUGUCUAUGUGUCGGUGUGCAGCGCACCGGUGGCGAUGUCCUUGAUGAAGAGCGACGAGGAGCAGCUAUGGAUGCCGACACACGUGCAGGUAACCGUGUUACGGGCCCGAGGGCUGCGCGCGAAGGGCAAACACGGUACCAGCGAUGUGUACACCAUCAUCCAGCUGGGCAAAGAGAAAUACUCCACGUGCGUGAUGGAGAAGACUACGGAUCCGGAAUGGGGUGAGGAAUGCUCGUUCGAGCUGCAGCCGGGGAUACUGGAGGAGGGAGGGCGAGACGCAUACCCACCCGGUAGUGCAGACUUGACCCUCACCGUUAUGCACCGAGCGCUUAUAGGACUGGAUGUGUUCCUGGGCCAGGCUGUAAUACCGCUGGAUAAAGCCUUCCAGGAACAGAUAUGCAAGAAAAGCCAGUGGUACCGGCUGCAUUCUAAAACUGGAAAAAAAGAAAAGGAACGUGGCGAGCUUCAGUUAACCGUGCAGUUCACUCGCCACAAUCUCACGGCCAGUAUGUAUGACCUGUCCAUGAAAGACAAACCUCGAUCUGCUUUUGACAAACUCAGAGAACGCAUGCGUGUUAAAAAGCGCACAAGCGAAGAAGAUUCCUCUUCUGCCAUCGUCGCCGGAGGAUACGGAUCGGUGGUACGCAUGCGGGCGCGGUUGCCGAGUGACGGGGGUGGUGAGGAAGAGUACGAAGAUGACGAAGGUGGGGAGGCCAGGAGGAGUAAGAUGAGAAGUUUCUUCCUGCGUGGGAAGUUGAGAAAGUCCUCAGACACGCGAUCUAGUACGUCGCUGGGCUCCGAGAGCAGCGAGUCGUCUUCUCGGGGUGGCAGCCUCAGCCCGACAGCAGGCAUCAGCGUUGUGGUCUCAGAUCUGUCCAACUCUCCGAGUAACAGCAGCAACCUGACCGCAGACAGUCCAGAUCACACAGUGGCUCCCUCACCACAGGUUUCUCCUGUCAGACAUGUGUAUGCUCAUGAGAUUGACUUCAGCCUACCAGUGCACAAUUCCGAGAACAACACCCCGAUUCUGCUUCCUUCGGUGUGCGUCAAUGGGAAUCCAGUGGAAACGUCCCCUCUUACUCACCACCCACCAUCCUUCAUACUACAGCAACCUCAACCAGAGUCAACCAAACCACAGGCAACGAAGCUGCCAGAUGAACCCCAGACGACUCGAUCAACAGAGCCAAAAUCCCAAACCAGUGCAGAGAACAAGCUGUCCAAGUCCGAGUCAAAACCAAGGCCCGAGCCCCUGCUUCCAGCUCUUGGGUUGAUUCAGAAGGGCUCUUCUCACUCCCUCUCCCUGCAAAACCUCUCUCGCCGCAGGGAAGAAAAGCGAAGCGGUGGACCUGUGGAUGGACGUCGCUGGUCUUUUGAUAAACCCGGCGAGGAGGAGAAAGCUGCUAUUGUAGCAGCACUAGAGUGUGCUGGGAGAGUUACAGAUGAGUGUGUGAUGGAAACAGUCAUACCUGUUGGAGAGACAGAGACUCUGAGUAAGAAGAGGCGGGGCCUGUUCUCACAUGGGAAAGGUGAGUCUGCCGGCAAAGGACCAAUCACGGGCAAAGAGGAAGCAGAACAUGCUCAACAACUUGUCGAAGUCAAACACAAAGGAUGGUUCGGCUCCAAGGACUCGCACAGUAAACCCAGUUCACUGGUGUCUUCCAAGUCAGAUUCCAGUAGCAGCGUGAUCUGUCCCAUUGACCCUUCACAGAACAUGGCUGACAAACACGCUAAUCCCUUCACUUCACCCCCACCUCUAUUUGAUGCCAAUCCCUUUUUCCCACUUGCACAGCCGAAUCCUUUCUUCCAAGAGUUUCCCUCUGAUGCUUCUUUAACCCCCUCACUCUCUAGCUCAGCUCACUAUCAAUCUGAGCCAGCUUCCUCCUGGUCUGGUGGUAAUCCUACCCCAGAUUUGCUAAGGAUUGGCAACAGCAAAGGACCUUCAGGGAUAUCCCAAAUAGAUGGCUUAAUUGAUGCAUCUAUUUCUCACUUCGAGGAUGAAGCUGACUUUGGAAUAUUUGCUGAGGACAGACUCAAGUCUUCAGAGAAAGGGAAAGAAACAGAGAAUAUGGUUACAACCCCAACUGUCCUUGUGAAACCAAAGAAUGAAGAGCCCUUAGGUGGUUUGGAUAGUUUAACUGAUACAAAUGAUCUAACCUAUUUAGAGAAAACUGCUUCAGCAGGUACUACAACUGGAGAGAUGUCUAAGGAAACUUCUGCUAACACACCUCAGGUUUCAGGAAGUGAUGGUAAUUCGAACAAGUCUGACCUCACUAAUCCUGAUCCGUUUGGUUUCCCAGAAUUUAACCCCAAUUUAUCUGAAAUAAUUUUACCUGAGAAUUCAAGUUUAGAAUUUUCUGCACUGAACGCACUUGCAUGCCCUUAUCCUGCGCUGUCAAAUGUCCAAAAUAAUGAAGUCGGUGGUGAUACCAUGACUCCCAAAGACCGGCCUGAGAUGUGCCUGACCUCUCAAUAUGCAAAACCAUCUUUCACACAGCCUUCACUAUUAGAUGACAUUUUUAAUACCGAACUCAUCACUAUUGAAUUAUCAGAUGAUGCUCAUGUGAGUCCUGAAGCAACAGAGUUUGCUAAGGAUGUGGAAUCUGUAAAAAUUAACGAGGAUCCUGUGCCAUGCUGUAGAAACUCAGAUGAUGCCCUGGAACCAUCCAGCGAGACAUCUGAUUCCCAAGGAAGAGAAUUAGACAACCUGUCCAUUGAGCCUGGUCAUUUUCCACACUGUGACUUCACGUCAAGUAUAAAACAAUCAGAUGAAGGAGUUUUGGAUUCAGAUGCCUCACUCGUUGAAUCAUCUGAGACUUCGGGAUUCCACAGUCCAUCAGCACCUAGUUCCCCAGUUGCAAUACCACUGGACAAUGAAGACAAUUUAGGAGCAGGUAUGGACACAAAGUUCCAAAAUGAAUCAGAAGAUGGUCUUUCAGAUAGUGCCAAUACUAGUGAUCUCUUUUCUGAGAUAAAAUUCCCUGUUCCUGAUAACCUCAAUGACAUCUCUUUCUCAUUUUUAAACACUGUGUCUAAUGAAGUGCAUGUGGAUGAACAGAAAGUCUGUGAAUUUCCAAACAACCCCUCUAAGAAUGAUCUAAUAGGCAUUGUACUCUCCAGCACUGGCGAAGGGCAAGAAAUCAUACAGUCUGAUGGGCAAACAAUCCCUGCAGAACAUCUCAAUCCCACCACUGAAGUUAAAAGUGGGACAAAUGAAGAUUCAUUGAUUCUAAACUCUGCACUCUCACCUCCAAGUGUGAUUGUGCACAGUAUGUACAGAAGUGCAGAUUCAGACCAGUACCUUACUUGCAUAUCUCAGCAGGAUUCAAUAUCCCCCUCCUUAGAGCUUACUCAGGAACUGAAGCCCAAACAUGAUCAGUCUGGGGAAGACACUUUACUAUUUGGGUCCUUGCCAGAACAUAUCACAGUCCCUGAUGUCAUGCCAAAUGCUGUAGAAGAAAUGGAUUGUGUGCGAAAUCAGGUUGUAGUAGAACAUUUUAAACCUCAGGAAACUUUGCCAAAAAAUGAGUGCCCUCAGGGAGACGUUCAACUGAAUAAUUGCAAACCUUCAGGGGACAGUCCUGAGUCUGACAUACCAAAAGAUAUGAUGCCAAAAAUUAACAUCUCAAAGGAUCUAAUAGCAGAACUUGAGGCUCAGCUUGCGCCGUUAAAAACUGAAACAUGUCCUGUAGAUAACUGUGAAACGAAUCCAUUUCAACCAAAUCAUUUCCACAGUGAGCAAACAGACAGAUGUCCCAGUGAAACAGUUGGGUCUUUAUUUAAUUUUGCCCAUGCGAAUGUUUGUGUUUCAAAUUGUGCAUCAGAAGAAACCAAAAGCAUCACUCAGGACCUGGUCAUAACUGAUUUAUUUGCUCCCAAUCAACUUGAAACACCCCAGUGUAAUAGUCCCGUCACACACCCUAAAUCUGCAGAGACUCAUAAUGUCCUGGAAUCACAGAGUCUAACAAGGCAAAUAACACAUUCUGUGACACCUGACUUAUUCCCUGUUAACUGGCCACUCCCAUCAGCCUUUGAGCCACCAGCAUUGGCUUCAGCGGAUAACCAUAGCCUCUGUUUCCCCUCUUCUGCAUUUGACCCAUUACCUAUAGCUUCCUCAACACCACAAGUAGCGGUAGACACUAACGCGAUGCCCCAGCAAUUCCCCUUUCCCAUAAUUCCCUCUACCUCAGAGCAGUCAUGGCCACAUCCAGCACUUAAUGAUCCUUUUCUCCCGGAAAAUUCACAGACAACCAAUCAUCAGAGCAGUCCACAUCCAGUAAAGCCAUUGACACCCUCUGAUGACAAAAGAUCAGAGGGUCGCUCAGUACUGGAGAAGCUUAAAUCCACCAUCCACUCAGGACGAAGCCAUCAUUCAGACCAGGAUGCUGACAAGAAGCUGCUAGUGGAGGGAGGUGGAUCAUACUAUCAUUUGAACCACAGCGAGCUGGUCAACUUGUUGAUCCAGAGAGAUACAGAGCUCAAGCAGGAGCGAGAGGAGUACCAAAGGCGAGGAACGCUGCUGGAGAAGCGCGAGGUGGAGCUGAAGAAGAUGAAAGUUACCAUCAGAGAUCUAGAGGACUACAUUGACACGCUGCUUGUACGCAUCAUGGAACAGACCCCUACGCUGCUGCAGGUCAACCCAAGGAGGAAAUGAUACAACACAUGCUCAGCUAUGCCUCCACAAAUCCUGGGCAGACUUCACAACCCUGCACUGCUACAGCAUAGAGAGUUACAACUGGCGUUAGUUGAUGUGUUUGAAAGAGAUGGUGUAGGUUUGGCAUGUCUGGGGUCCAUAGAACACAGGUACACUUUCAUAGAUGGGUGGGAUGAUUUUUAUGUGUCGGCAGAUACUCACUUUAACCCAACAAAUCAUUAAAACAUGAUAGCCCAAGCUAUGUACCAAAAUCACCUGUAGGAAGGCAUGUGUUGUGCCAGUCUUCUGAAGCUAGAGGGAAUGCACGAAGACAAACAUUGAUUUAUCUUUUUUAUUUUCGAUCACGUUUUGACAUGCCGUUUUGCUUGAACAGAGAGAACAAGAGUGGCGAAGUUAGAGAGAGGAAGAAUAGAACCUUAAAGCAAAGAAAGAGAGCAGAAUAAGCCAGUUUGUAAUCUGCUUGUGCCUCCCUAAAUGUCUUCCGCACUUUACAUAGGAGCAGAGGCUCACAAUAACUGACCUUCUAGCUCCCGUUUGUGGGUCAGCGUCCUUCCUCUUCCUGCCCUCGCUUGAGCCAAUGCACGCACAUCGCUGCCAGUGCUUUCAGGUGUAAUGAACAGGAUAUAUACUGUAUUCAUUGCAUAUAUGCCACUUGGACAAAUGCCAAACGCUGCCUUAUCAUACAGUAUCGCCUCCAUUCUGUUGUUGCUGAAGUCAUCACUUUAAUUUGUUUGCACAUCAUAUUGCAAUACAAAGGCGAUGGAGUGUUUAACUUUGCAGAGACUGUUAAGUAGAGGAAAGAACAAAUGAAGUGUGCAGUUGCGAUAACCAUGAAAUAGCAAACGCCCUAAAUUAACGUUACAGUAUUCUCAGUACAGCAGCGGCUCUGGCCAGUCAAUGUUUCUGUAAUUCUGUAAAGUUAUUCUGGUGUUAUUCUGAUGUUGCCACUAUCAGUGUUGCCACUGUCUGUGUACAAUGUAGCAUUCUGUGUAGAUAUGAUAUAGAGGCAUAUGUCACAGCACUUUUACAGUUGUUCUUUCUCAACCGCUUAGGAAGUGCACAGUGGAAAACACAUGUACAUGCACAGAAUAGUAGUAAUAAUCCUCUAAACACAGUGUUCCAGUGGUACUAAACUUCUGAUAGUCUCUGCUAGAAAGCUCAACAUUUAUCAACGAUGUAUUUCUAUGAGAAGCACUUAAGGGUGUGCUCUGCCUUCCAUUUAAAGUUGAGUUUGUCUCGGACUGUUGAAUGAUGGGAAGAUUUAUGAAUGUUCAUUUAUUAAGGCUUAAUUUAAAAGUUUACAAGAGUAUGUUGUUUUAAUUAUGCAAAUAUUUAUUGUUCUGUUUGUUUUAAAAUAGCCUUUAUUUUUGUGGCCUUUUUGUUUGUCACCUUUUGUGGUUUAAAGUUCUCUACGAUCUGUUAAUUGUUAUUCGCUUAUUUAGUUUUAAAUGCAACCGUUCGUUAUGCUGUACAUGAUGAUUUCUUUCCGUUGUGCUUUGGCUUUCAUUUCUAAGGUCAGUAGGAACACAGAAAACAAUAGGCUUUUGCAGAUUUGAAGAAAUAUAUAGUUUUCUAGGGUUUAAACUGAUGGAAUGUGAUAUAUUUGUGUAGGUUGCUACUGUGUCUAAUGCCAGUUUAUAGAAAUACAAACACGCCUGCAGGAGGUAUGUUCAAGUGCCCUUGGCUGAGUGUUAUCAUGGAAUGUGUCGAUGAGAAUGAGUGUAGAAGAAUAUUUAUAUGCUUUUAAUGGUGAAAUUGAUAAUCAAAGCUACAUUUUAUGUAGUACAAACUCUGGAACUUGCAAAUAAAACUUGUGUUUACUAUAUUAUACACUUAUUUAUUUUUAGAGGUCUGAAGUUUUUCUUUUCUUGACAUUUAAAACUAGAUUUUUAAAAGAAAGAAUAGAAAAGAAUGACUUUAAAAUUGUAAGAACGGUAGGCAGUUUCAUGCAAUUCUUGCAGUAGGUCUUCCUUUUUGAUUGUACGUUUAAGUGGAUUCCUGUUGAUUCCUGUCACAAUCAAAACCAGAACAGCUUAAGUUAACCUCAAUGUUUAGUAGCAUAUAUGCACCAAAUGUUCUGUGGAACCAUUUCUUUAAGGUGCAAAGAGUUCAAGUGCUUCUAUGAGGUGCGGUUUGGGUGGAUGUUCAGGGUGUACUUACACGAGUGUCCUCUGGGGGUUGUGAUGUUUUCUUUUUCUGAUGCCUCAAAUCUGAGAGAUGUUCAGUUGACUUUUGGUGUGUUAAUAAGCAUCUCUGCAAAGAAACUGUCUCUGUAGAAUAAAUAAACUUUUCACUUUGG